CCGGAAGCCGGGUGUGUAUGGUCGGAUCGUGACGUCAUUAGCGACCGCAACAAAAGCAGUGUGCGUGUGUGUGUGAGGGAGCAGAUCAAUCAGCCGAUUUUAGAUCGAUUAGGAUGGCGUUCCAGAACCAGAAGAGCAACGUCAGAGCCGCGGGUAACCGUCUGAUCAUCAAAGGAGGAAAGAUCGUCAAUGACGACCAGUCGUUCUACGCCGAUGUCUAUGUCGAGGAUGGGACCAUCAAACAGAUUGGUGAGAAGCUGAUCGUUCCGUCCUGCGUGAAGAUGGUGGAUGCAUACGGUCAACUGGUGAUCCCCGGAGGAGUCGAUGCCAACACCAACCUGCACACUCCACAGAGAGGCAUGCACCCGGCCGACGACUUUUACCAGGGAACCAGGGCCGCCUUGUCCGGAGGAACCACCACCAUCAUGGACCAUGUGCUGGUGGAGCCGGGGACUAGUUUAUUGACGGCGUUCAAUCAGUGGAGGGAGACGGCGGACCAGAAGGCGUGCUGUGACUUCUCUCUCCACCUGGACAUCACGCGCUGGCAUGAAGGACUAUGCGAGGAGCUGGAGACACUUAUCAAAGAUCAAGGUGUGAACUCCUUCCUCUUCUUCAUGGCCUACAAAGACAAAUACCAGAGUUCUGACUCUCAGCUCUAUGAGGCGUUUGGGGUACUGCGGGAUCUUGGAGCCAUCGCACAGGUCCACGCUGAGAAUGGUGACAUCAUUGAUGAGGAACAGAAGAAGCUUCUCUUUCUCGGCAUCACUGGACCUGAAGGACAUGUUUUAUCACACCCUGAGGAGGUGGAGACUGAAGCGGUGUAUCGGGCAGUCACCAUCGCCAAACAGGCCAACUGUCCGCUAUACGUUACCAAGGUGAUGAGCAAAUCUGCUGCUGAUGUCAUCGCUAAAGCCAGGAAAAAAGGUAUUGUGGUGUACGGCGAACCAAUCACUGCCAGCCUUGCAACUGACGGCUCUCACUAUUGGUCCAAAGACUGGGCCACAGCUGCUGCAUUUGUCAUGAGCCCGCCUCUCAAUCGGGAUCCUUCAACUCCACAGUACCUGACCUCCCUGUUAGCAUGUGGAGAUCUCCAGGUGACGUCCAGUGCUCAGGCCAGCUUCUCCACAGCUCAGAAAGCUGUCGGUAAAGAUGACUUCACUCUGAUCCCAGAGGGAACCAACGGAAUUGAGGAGAGGAUGUCUGUGGUGUGGGAUAGAGCUGUGACUACAGGGAAGAUGGAUGAGAAUGAGUUUGUCGCAGUAACGAGCACCAACGCAUCUAAACUCUUCAACAUUUACCCACGCAAAGGAAGGAUCGCUGUAGGAUCAGAUGCUGACAUCGUCAUUUGGAAUCCAAAGGAGACACGAACUGUUUCUGCAAAGACUCACAACCUGACAGUGGAGGUGAACAUACUGGAGGGUUUGGAGCUUCGAGGCGUGGCGUCAGUGGUGAUCAGCGGCGGUCAAGUCGUUCUGGAGGACGGAAAACUCAACGUGGCCAAAGGUUCAGGACACUUCAUUCCCAGAAAGGGUUUCCCAGACGCGGUCUACAAGAGGAUCAGAGCCCGUAGCAAGAUGGCUGAGGCUCGCGGUGUCCCCCGUGGCAACUACGAUGGUCCGGUUCAUGAUGUCAUUAGCAUGACAACAUCGGUCCCUCCCACUCCGACCACCAGAGGGACCACCUGUCCAAAAACCCAGGCCAGCCUCCGAAACCUCCACCAAUCAGGAUUUACCCUGGCAGGAACUCAGAUCGAUGACCACAUACCUCGUCGCUCUGCUCAGAAGAUUGUGGCGCCGCCUGGUGGUCGAUCCAACAUUACAUCCUUAUCUUAAAAUGAGUAGAAACGAGCUGUCAAAACACUGCAGUUUCACCUUCACUGCUUGAUACAGCUCAACCCUUACAUAUCCUAUAACAGUAGAACUUUAGGUAGUACAAGGUCCUACAACAACCUUUCAACUAGUACUCCACCCUAUAACAACUACUACUGAACCCAACAGCUAGUAUUUAAUAGUUCAUAAACAGUACUAAACAGUAACUAGCGAUAAGGAAUCCUACAAUAAUGUUACAUUGACUCAUACUUACAACCUACAACUCAAAAAUGAGUUAUAUAUGCCCUAAAACAAGUACUAGACAUUUCAAUACUUUAGUAGAAUCAAACCCUUCGACAACGAUCCAACUAGUGCUAAAUUCAGACAAAGGUACUUCAACUCAUUCAACUCGGUACCAAUCCUGCUACAAAGGUAGUAAAAGUACCCUGCCCUACUAAACAAUGGUACGACAUUCACAGAAGUACAAAAUCUUGCAAACCCUAAAAUAUAUUUUACUUCAACUAGAACUGAAUGUUACAGUGACAAUAAUAUAACACUCCAAAAAGUACUCCAUACAGCCAGCACCUAAUCCUGAUAGAUGUGCUUCAGUUUUAAACCCUAAAACUAUUCAAAUGACACAAUCCCUGGAACAGGGGUACUACAACACUGCAAAUCCUACAACAACCACAUAACUAGUAGAAAACCCAAUAUCAAUAGUACCUAAAAAAACACUGAAACAUAUACCGUACAAUACGUAAUAAGCACUAGAACUGUACAACUAGCGCUAUAUCCUACAACAGUGGUACUGAAACUCUACAAAUACUCAUUCAAUGUUACAAAUCCUACAACUACUGUACAACUAGUACUUGAUGUUACAAAAAAAUCCCACACAAUGUUACUACACAUACCACGAAACAAUACAACUAUUUACUAGAUCCUACACUUAGUGUACUUCCACAGAACAAUAACAGCACUACAACCUCUCAUCUAGUACUAAAUCCUACAGCAAUGGUACAUUAACCAAAAAUGAAUUGGUUGGUUACUGGUCUCAGAAUCAGUCAUCUGACGUCUGUUAACCCUUAAACAUGUGUACUCAACAGCAUUCCAUUAUAUCUGUCCUAAAGUCAUCACUUCAUUGUGUUCUCUUUGACUCUCGGUGCUCUUGAUAAAGGCAAGAGCCCUGGUAGCACUUACUUACUAGUAAGGCAAGGCAUAUUUAUUUGUAUAGCACAUUUCAACAACAAGGCAAUUCAAAGUGCUUCACAUAAAACCAUUAAAAGCAUCAAAACAAAAUGCAAAAGAAAACAAUCAAGAACAUUCAUUAAAACAUUUUAAACAGUCACAAAGCAAGAAUAGAAUAAAAGUUGCAGUGCAGAUGUUUAGUUCCACGUUUAGUUCUGACUCUUGGACCAGGAAGUAGACCAGUCCCAGACCACCUGAGGGUUCGGGAUAGUUCAUAAGGUAGCAGCAGAUCACACAUGUAUUUAGGCCCUAAACCAUUCAGUGCUUUAUAGACCAGCAGCAGGAUUUUAAAGUAACUUCUUUGUUGGACAGGAAGCCAGUGCAAAGACCUCAGCUCUGGAGUGAUGUGAUCUACUUUCCUGGUCUUAGUGAGGACUCGAGCUGCAGCGUUCUCAUUCUGAAUCAGCUGCAGCUUUCUGACUUAGGUAUCACAUUACUUCAUCAUCAGACAUCUGAACACAACAUAGUAGAUAUAUAAGUACUUCCAGUACAGAGUUUUCUUUGGUAUAACUACUAUACUUGUUGUUCUCAAAUAUUUUUUUCGGCUUCAUCAAGAAACUUCUUCCAUUCUUUCCAUAAAUGCAGUCUGCUCAUCAUGAAUUUAAUUCAUAUAGUCCAACAUUCAUUGUUAUCAUGACUCUAAGGUCAAUAAUAACUCUAGUUCUUUAAUAUUUCAUAUCUCUUUCUCAAAUCUGUAUUGGUCUGUUGUAAAUUCAGUCGGGUCUGUUUUAAUCUGGACUGACUGAGUUGCACGCUGAGUCCAGUCUGGACCAACUCAUUAUCUUUACUUUUAAUUGACUUUUAAGUACAUUUUAAUUAUUGAUAAAAUAAUUGACAGUCAACUGUUUUUUUCUGAAUGCAAAAAUUGAAUCUGAAACUUUCAAACUAACACUAUGAGACUUUUAGUCAUCUUCAAAACAUCAACUGACUAUAAGUGGUGCUAAAAAAUCCAGUCGUAGCCUGCAAGUAGCAAACCCUUCAAUACCACACCCCCUACAGCAGGGGUAUUCAACUAAUGUUCAACAAGGUCCAGUUCGAGAAAAUGUUCUCAUUAAAGGUCCGAACAUCAAGUAAUGUCUAACUUGAUAUGAUUUAGUUCCAUAUGUAUUGAAGUAGCCGAGCAGUUCAUUCAACAUCUGUAUGUAGUCAACAACUGACUGUCAAAUCAAAGAAAGAAAGAAAUAAUAUCUCAACAAUAUGUAUUAUUGGUUUUAAAAUGUAACUGGAUGAAUUAUAAAUACUCUAAUAAUAAGUAAACAUCCGUAUCUCAUUUCAAUAAGGGCUGGAUUUAAAAAUGGGAGAACAAAAAUAUUCCAGAAUGAAACAAAUGUUUAUCUUAUAAAGUACUUUUUUUUAACAUAAAUAAAUGUAACUUAAUUGUCUUUGUCCUGUAGCUUUAAAUUCAGUUCAUUCAGGUGUCUAGUGAUGUCAACAAAAAACACCACGGUAUUAUAUUAUUCUCUUAUGAAAUGUGUGUGCUUGGACUAAAUCUGUUAUUAAACCACUUGUUUCUGCUC